AUGUUCGGGACUAGUAAGAAUAUAUCUGUAUCAUCGUCUCUCUUGAAGACGUUUAUACGUGGAAAGAAAAAGACGAGUUUAUCUCCAUCGACACAGAAAGUUGUUAAUCAAUUAUCAGCAUUAUCGGCAUCAAGAAAACAACCUAAAUUAAUAAAUCUUUGUAACGAGGAUCUUAUAAAGCACCAAACUAUCACCAAUGCAUGGAAGGUAUACCAACGUAAAAAGUCACAAAAGAAAACAGAGCAAUUAAAGCAACAGUACGAAAGUAUCUACACUGCCAUGGAAGACUUGAAGACGACGAGUCCUGAGUUAUUUGAGGUGGCCAAUACGCCCGAACCAAAGAAGAGAUUCCCCCUUGAGAUGAGGGUUCCUAGUGACUACCCUGCAAACAAACCAUGGAUUUAUAACUACUCCCAAAAUUAG